AUGGCCGCCAUCAUGGUGACGACGGUGCACGGGCAGGGAACUCGGGUCGGGUUCUACUCCACCAGCUGUCCUCGCGUCGAGACCAUCGUCCGGUCCGCAGUGCAGUCCCCGUUCAACUCCGACUCCACCGUGGCUGCCGGUCUGCUGAGGAUGCACUUCCACGACUGCUUCGUCCAGGGCUGCGACGGCUCCGUCCUCAUCUCCGGUGCCGGCACCGAGAGGACGGCCAUCCCCAACCUUUCACUCAACGGGUUCACCGUCAUUGACGACGCCAAGACACAGCUCGACAACCAAACAAAACAUUAG